AUGAGGCGCACAUCAAUCGAAAAAGUCAGAUGCGGCAGGGAGCACUGUAUUGCCGUUUCAAGUCGCGGAGAGGCGUUUGCAUGGGGCUCGAACUCACACGGGCAGCUUGGAUUGGGUCAGGUUGGCGAUUUAAGUGACGUUGAUCCCGAAAUUCCUCGAAAGCUGAUUCUACCAGACGGAGUAAGAAUAAGAGACGCCUCAUGUGGCAGACAACACACAAUCUUGUUGGAUAGAAACGGGACUAUUUUCGGCGUUGGUAAUGAUCAGUGGGCUCAACUUGGAGUUUCUGCAGAACCAUGGCUGCGGAGUCAUGAAAAGGCCUCGGGCGAAGUGCGCAAGUCGAGCCUUGUUGGUGAAUUGGCAGGGCGGGCGGUCGCUGGUGGCGGACAACACAGCGUGAUGCUCGUACGCGAUGGGACUGUGUUUAGCUUUGGGUUCAACCGAUGGGGUCAGUUGGGUCAUCACAACUACUCUUCUCUGGCGCCACCUUCGCCUACAGCGGACAUCACAAUCCGAGCGAUUGCCGUGGCUGCGGGUGAGAAUCACACGUGCAUUGUCAAGGAUAACGGGGAAAUGUGGUGCAUCGGGGGAAACGAUCACGGGCAGCUCGGCAAUGGGAACCUACAACCUACAAUGGUUUGGAAAAGAGUGCGCGUUGCGAAGAAGCCUUUGAAGCCUUGCUCUGUUUCCUUAUCGGGGAACACUAGCGCGGCGAUCUUUCCAGUAAAUAAGGAUAGAGAGCAAAUGGUUUCAUAA